ACAAGAUGGCGCUCGGACGGUUGUGAGAUGAGAAGCCCGGGUGGUCAACCACGUAUGUUUCUGCCGGUGUAAUAAGGUUGUGCAUUUUGUUGAAAAGAAGGUGGAAAUGGAAUUUCCAAAUCAUGCUAGACAAUUGCUCCUUCAGUUGAAUCAGCAAAGAGCCAAAGGGUUUCUGUGUGAUGUGAUCAUCGUAGUGGAGAACGCCCUGUUUCGGGCACAUAAAAACAUUCUGGCUGCCAGCAGCAUGUACUUUAAAUCCCUCAUGCUCCACGACAACCUGGUCAACCUGGACACAGACAUGGUCAACCCAUCUGUAUUCCGGCAGGUCUUAGACUUCAUUUACACAGGCAGACUGCCAUCUGUUGACCAACCCUCGGAUAAGAACUUCAAUGCCCUUCUUACGGCUGCAAGCUACCUCCAGCUACAUGACCUCGCAGCUCUUUGUAGGAAAAGGCUCAAGGGCAGCGAGAAUGCUCUUCCUGGAAAGUCUGCUGUGUCCAACGGAGCUUGGGAGCUCCACAAGAAAGAGCUGUCCACCGCAGUCACUCAGGGGCACGUUUCAAGUUCUGAAGACUGCGAUGACGCACAUCGUCAGGGUGAGCAGCUGAAUGAUAAGCUGUCAGAUGAUGAGCCCUUUGCCAGCAGCUCCCCUUGCGUCCUAUCAGCUGGUCAGAGCGGCAGCAGCAAUGUUGGUAACGUUGGCAGGGGUGAGGAAGAAGAUGAGGAUGAUGAGGACGACCAGGAGCUGGGCUUGGAUCUCUCCAAAAAGAGUCCCUCUGAAAGCUCGGUCACAGAGGAGAUCAGUCCUCAAAGCCUCAGGGAGGAGUCGCCCCAGUCCGACUGCAUAUCUGGUGCCAACAGUGCUUCCUCUGAGGAUUGCUCCACCCAGCACCAGGACCUGGAAGGGGUUGAGGCCAUGGAUCUUGGAGAACAGGCACGUGAGCAGAGCCAGGUUCUCCCUCACGCGGAUCCACCGCGCCAAAGAGCCCGGCAAGCUAACCGCAAGAAGAAUUGGCCGAGGAAAGGCAGAGGGAAAAUGGAUGCAGUGGAGCAGACAACCCAAACUGGCGGUAGCGAAGAGUCAAAGGUAGGGGCUGAACAGCCAUCCAGCAGAGGCAGCCUCAGCUCCGACCGCUCCUUCCACUGCGGUGAGGACGGAGAGAACGAGAAGGAGCACAGCGAGGAGAGCGGGCAGAGCGAGGGCGAGAGUCUCGGCGCUAACUACGUAUACCGCCAGGAGGGUUUCGAGGCUGUCGUCGGGGACAAUUUGUACGUCUGCAUCCCCUGCGGCAAGGGCUUCCCUAGCUCCGAGCGGCUCAACGCCCACGUGGAGACGCACACCGAGGAGGAGCUGUGCAUCAAGGAGGAGGCGGAAGAUCUGUCUGCGCGGGCCGCCCCUGCGGCCGGCGCUGAGCUCCAGCCCUUCGAAUGCUCCGUAUGCAGCAAGAGUUACAAAGACCCGGUGGCCCUGCGGCAACACGAGAAAGGCCACUGGCUCUCGCGGCCCUUCCCGUGCCACAUCUGCGGUAAGAUGUUCACGCAGCGCGGCACCAUGACGCGCCACAUGCGGAGCCACCUGGGCCUUAAGCCCUUCGCUUGCGAGGAGUGUGGCAUGCGCUUCACGAGGCAGUACCGCCUGACGGAGCACAUGCGGGUCCAUUCAGGGGAAAAGCCCUACGAGUGCCAGCUCUGCGGGGGCAAGUUCACCCAGCAGCGCAACCUUGUCAGCCACCUGCGAAUGCAUACCUCCCCUGCCUGAGCCAAAGACUGCCCUUUUUGUCGGAGACCUCGUACCCUUGACCCUCACUCAGUCUGCAGUUUACCGACGUUUGACCAUUUUACACCUUUCGUUUUUUUCUUUUUUUUUUUUUUUUUUGCAGUAAUACCCUUACUGCUUACUACCGUAGGGUCCAAAUAAGUGGUUUCAUAUCACAUUACUUCAGGGUUUUUUGCAGUCUGGGAACAUCCAGGAGUGCACUGCUCAAGUCAUCGACCAAUGUUCCAGAUCCUUAUUUUUUCCCCCCCAUUUCACUGUGGUUAUUUCAGUACCUCAUUCUGCCCAAGAUCUCGUGCCCCUUUUGAUGGAAUAUCCAAAAGUGAGAAAAGGGGUCUUUUUGUUGUUGCUGUUUUUGUCGCUCAUGAAGGGCUACUCCCUUAAACUUCAUGGUACUUGACUUAUGUCUUAUGACUUAUGGUUGUGAGAACUUAUGUCUAUAUGUGAAUGUUUUUAACUGGAAGAAUUAGGGCUGUUUCUUCUGGGGUGGGUUUUUUGUGACCAGAACUUUUUUCUAGUUUGUCCACUACAUCUAUUGUACUUUUUUUUUUUUUUUUUUUUUUCUCUGGGGGUGAGGUUAUACUUUUUUGAAUGGACUUGUUUACCAUGCUACCUCUCAAUUGUUCUCAAGAACAAUACAUGGGUUAAGUGAACACUAGGGUGUGAUGUGGGUGGGGGGUGGGAUCCUAAAUUUAAGUAGUGUGUAAAGAUUCUAGAAAAACGUAACGCUUUAACCUGCCCACCACUCAACAAAUGUUGUAAUGCUAGGUUUGACAAAGUUUUUCUUUUAGUUUUGUUUCUGUUUCAGGAAAAAAGGAUGGUUUAAAUCCAGUGUAAUUCUGGACUGCUUUUCCUGGUUCAAACUGGGUUGUUUGUGAAAAACUGUUCCAAAGAAAGGGGAAAGGAAUGUCAAGAAGGACAAAGAGCCUAACCAACAGAGUUUACUCUUGACAUUGAGAACCAAAGCUUAAUUGCAAAUGUGUAGUAAAGUAGACGAAACUAAAAUUUCCUUGCACAUAUUUUAACAUAGCCUAAACAAAGAGCUCUGUAGCUGAACAAGUGGAUUUUUUUUUUUUUUUUUUCUUCCCUGAACCUGGCGACACCGACCGGUGAGUGUAGCUCUAGUGGUGAUUGGUGGGCUGGUCAUAUAGUAGACUCAGCUUUGGAAGUUUUCCCCUCAAAACAAAGUCAGGAAAAGUGUCUUCUUAGGGACAUUAUUUCCACUUCAGACCAAAAAGGAAAGAUUUAAAUGUGACUGGAGAUUUUGUCUUUCGGGACUGCGUGUUUUUGUUUCUUUUUCCUUCAGAUAUGUGAAGCUUUUGUUGAACGGCAAUGGAAUAGGUGACAUUUUUGAACUGGUGGUCUUAGGACGGAAUUGAUUUCCAGUUGGGUGGAUGUUACCUAUUAACACUUAUCAGUUUACUUGGUAGAUACUAUUAACUUUCAGAAUGAAUGCAACACCUGAGCCCCUGGGCUGGAAUAUGUCUUUGUUUUUUCUCAACGAGGUUGAGAGACAUUUUGUUGAGAGCUUCAACCACAAUAUAAAAAAAAAAAAAAAAAAAAAAACUCCCCGGGAAAACCUUGCGGCGACAGAUAAUGUUGUUUCCUGUGGAAUCCGAGGGCUGGACCUUCAGUGGAAGCCUUCUAGAUGUUCCUUUCGGUGGUGUUUUGGGAGCCUGGAUUAAUGUAAAAUUUUGGAUAUUUGGUGGAACUCCUCAGUCACUGCAGCUGCUAGUUGCGGUUUAAGAGAAAUGUGCGCUGGUACCUGCAAACUGCUCACCCCUAUUUACAGUGAUCCGCUUCAGGUAAUGUAUAACCUUAAGUAUUGUUGUUGUUUAAUUUCCCCCCGAUUUAAGUGAAAAUUUCUGGGGUACAUGGUUGUUUUCUGAAGUUCCACAGCACACAAGUGCAGGCCUGGCGAGGAAUCCCGUUUACCUCCAUAGUAUGAUUGCAGGGGUCACGCGUGGCUGGGUUUUGGAAGGAGCCGGAAGCUUUUGUGGAAUAAUGGCACGCUGCAGACUGGCGGAGUCCGGAGUCAUGAUGCUUGGGCCGCUUUCCUUGCUGUUGCAAACCAGGCUUCUUCCCGCUCCGGAGAAGCGAUCGUUAAAUUGUUUAUUGAAACCACGGCUCAACUUCAGGGACUGUUCCACGCAACCACAGGAUGCUCGCAAAGACGAGUUAAUCCUUUCUUUGAGCCUGUUGAAAAAGGCUGGGCAGCUCAAAUGUGUUUUAAAUAUUAUGGACAUGUUUCAUAAAUACUCGAAAGAACUGAGCUCAAUCCCAAAUCCCCACACUUCCUACCAAAGCACAUCUGAAUGGCGUGACAUUUUGUAUGGCUCAAACUAAUCAGUCUUUGUCGUUUAUAUGAAUCUGUGCGUUCGCAGACUACAGCCAGUGUGAGAACCAAUGCAAUGUAAGUAGUAAAUAAUAUUGAUAUCCCACCUCCCGCUGCAGUACCCUUGAGCAAGGUACAUGGUUUAAAAUGGCUCCAGUAAAAAUUGCCCAGGUAUGCAAAUGAGUGAAUAACUGACGUUGCUUAACAUCCAGUUACUUUGGAGGAAACCGACUCGUAAAGCAGUUCUGCAUCUUUUCGUGGCUUUGUGAGUGGUUACAAGGUGGUUCUGAUAACCUUGACCUCAACUUAGCCUGGCUGGCUGUACUUUUUUGGCUUUUGUAAGGCAAGGAGAGCUAUGGGUAAGGUUCAGAUGGAAUUAUAGUGUAAAUCUGGGUGUCGGAUAGAGCUGCCUGUGGGGGAAAAAAAGCCGCUGAACUCAAAUGAAAUUUUUUUUUUUUUUUCUUCUAUAAAAAAGAACUUAACUGUCAGUGAAGAAUGUAUUUCCCCAAAGCUGUUCUCACACUAGCUGAGAGUUCACUUAUGACACAAAGCAUGCAUGUGUAAAUGGGUAGUUUAUAUACGUUUUUGAUGAGUGGUAUAUUUUCAACAGGACACUAGAUACACUUGACAUAAACCUACGGAAGUGGUCAAAGGGUCCAUUUGCCCAUGUCUGGUGAACUGUUACUCUCUGUAUCAGGUGGCUUUGCCUGUGGUCCGGUCUCUUCCUGUUGGACCGAAUGCUUUCCUGGUUGACAUGAGAUGCAAGUUAAUGCAUGUGUUGUACUUUGUGCCUGUGUUGGAGCAAAGUGGUUGUGCUUCGCCAUUUCACCAAAGUUCUUCGCAAACGGACUCGCGCACCUGUUUUGCCAUGCCGUUGCUGACUGCUAAAGGUUUUGGAUUUUGGUUUGAUUCUCAUCCUUGUUGAUCAUCUGUUUGUUCCAUUUCCCCGCUGUAGCAUUCAGUGUCAGUGUUUCAUUGUCACACAGUGUUAAAAGCUUUAAACCACCAAUGUUGGAUCCCCAAGAUCUCUGCUUUCACUGGAAACCGUCUUGGAUCCCUGUGUAUAAAUCUUUCCCUGUGUUACAAAAAGUGCCCCUUCCAACCCAGUAGCAUCUCUCACCUGAGUCCUGCUUGUGCAAAAUCUUAGUUGCGCUCAGCAAACAUCCUGCCCGUGCAUUUUAUUAAUGUCAGACCUUUGCAAAAUGUGGGGCUUGAGUGUCUACGGUUUCUCGUAAUGCUGGUUUUAUUCAGUUAUUCUUUCCUCCUGAAGUUGUAAUGAAAACAGUGCACUGUGUUUUAAAGGGAAAAACCUUAGCUGCUAAUCUAGUACUUGAAAUGGUUUUGAUACUUUUUAUGUGAUCAGUUUAGAUCCAUUUUUUCCAGUAAAACAUUAAAUGUAGGAGUUAAGAAAUUUUGUCUUGCUGGUGGCAACCUUCUGGUUGGAAGUUUCUUAGCCGGAGGAGAAAAAAAGCUUUUAUUCAGGUAAAAACUAUACAAGUAUAGCUUGAAGUUGUUAGAUCAUUUCCAAAAGUCAAUGUCCCAGUCUUAACAUACACCAAUGAUAACCUGUUUUAUAUUUUCAUUAAAAUUUUUGUUGAAAUAAACUCCGUUUUUUGAUUCUUUUGAUGCUCUGUCAUUCCCCCAGGACCAGAAGUAGGAGUCGUCAAACCACCUUCAUGUGCAAGACUUGCCACCUCCAUGCGUCUAUACACUUGUUUCAUUUCUCCACUGGAGAAUUGAGUGGCUGCACACAGUUGGUGAGAAAGUUUACUCCAAGUUGUGGACCAUCGGUGCUCACACACAACUUUGUGUUGUUUGAAUCCCACCUCCAGCUGUAGUGGCGUUAAACAUUAAUCAAUUGCUGAGGAUUAAUGCUCAAGUUGUCAUUUUGCUUUGCUUUUCUCCAAGUAGCCACACAUUACUGUUUGAGUACAUCAAAUGUAGUAACAGUUUAGUUUCCCAGUUAUGCAGAUCAAGUGUGUGGACUUUAUCUGUGCUGGUCAGUUUGCUGACGCCUUUUGAAAUUUCAUACCUGCUUUCCUAGUAUGUUUUGAAAGCCCAGACGUGUGCAGGAGCUUGAUCCCUUACUGACUAUAGUAAUAUAGCUACCGUAUAUCCAAAACUUUUACAGGCACUACACACCGAAUAAAUCAAGCAACAUCUCCAUUACUCUUUCUGAUUGCAUGGACAAUACAGCACGCUGAGAGUUACCGGAUGCUGAUGAACGUUGCACGGGAUUGUGAUAAAUUGGUUCCAUCCUGGUUGCCAUAUUUUGUGUCCCUAUUCGCAAACAAGAGAUGUACUUAAGGUCUAACAUUUUUAAUGCGAUUCUCAAGUGCUGUCCUCCAACUCGCUCUCCUUUCUCUACUCUAUUUCAUUCUCCUAUCCCACUUGAUCAGCAGGAGCAACACAGAAGUCCUCCAUGCAACAAGCAGACCACAACACAUUGAAUGGGAGGUUGUGGACAUAGGACUAGCAGGUGAUGAUAAUGCAAGGUGUCAACAGCUUGCUAAAGAAUAAGUGGAGGGGCAUAUGUAUUAAGCUUGCAUGAACUGUGAUGUAGUGCUUGAACUUAGGGCCAUGUUCCUGUCCCACUUUGUUUUUAAAAAAAAAAAAAAAAAACACCGCUCUGCAUUCUAAUGGACAGCCCACGUUUCAGUUAGUAGUUUAUCAGACAAGUCUAAAAUCCAUGGGAAGUACAACUAUUUUCCUUGUACAUUUAUUCAUUUGGCCAAUGCUUUUUUUUCCCCAAAGCACCUUACAAUGUUAACCU